CCCUCAGUUGUUGGGUUUGCCCCUCCACGUGCUCCAGACCCGCCCGGAGCCUCCGAUAUUGCACCCCAAAUCCGGGUGGUAAGCAGAUCACCCCGCAGAGGUUGUUACACCAACUGUGGCCAAGGAGUUGAUUUCCGACUCCUAGUGACCCAGUGUUUCAGUCUUUACAUAUUUUCCCCACGAAACGAUUGCCACCAAUUGUGUUCAACCUGCUGAGCUUGUGGUUUUAAACCGUUAGCACCCGUAGUUCGUCCCCCACAGCGCGCCACCGCGACUGCUUUGAGAUGAAUGAGUGGGAGCACCUGUUAGGGGCUCAGCACAGAGCCUGGCACAAAGUUUUGAUAAGAGCCACAGGUCUGGUAAACCGAGGGAGGGUCGUCCUCAGGCCACCCACGCCGAAUUCUGUAAGUUCGGCCUUGUUUUCUUCAUCGCUGUUUUUUUGGGGGUGUAUGUGUGUGUCAUGGAGGCUCAAGGUCGGUGGGAAUCUAAAGUCUAACCCUCGUAUUCAUGGGCAUUCUUGCUCCCAGGUUCUGCGCAGCCGAGGCUGCCUCAGCUCCGACGACUUCCAGCAGCUGUUAGCAGAGCUGGAACAGGAGGUAGAGCGCAGGCGGCGCCUGGGACAGGAGUCGGCUGCCAGGAAGGCCCUCAUCGCGAGCUCUUACCGCCCGGCACGGCCUGAUGUGUACGCCCCGCUUCAGGAUGCAGUUCUGGCCCCCGAGUUCCGGGCCACGGCCGAGUACAGUGCAUCCCCAAACGCAGACCUGGGGGGCCUUCUCCAGAAGCUGGAGACGCUGUCAGAGGAGAAGCGGAUCUACCGCUUGCCGGUGUUCACAGCAGCCUUCUGCGGGGCCCUGCUGGAGGAGCUGGGCCACUUCGAGCAGUCGGACCUGCCCAAGGGACGCCCCAACACCAUGAACAACCACGGGGGACCCUCCGCUCCCCGGCAGGUGCUGCUGCAUGAGCUAGGCCUGGAUGAGCCGCUGGUGACACCCCUGCGGGAGCGCUUCUUGCAGCCGCUGAUGGCCCUGCUGUACCCCGAGUACGGUGGGGCUCUGCUCGACAGCCACCGUGCCUUCGUGGUCAAGUAUGCCCCGGGUCAGGACCGAGAGCUGGCCUGCCACUACGACAAUGCUGAGCUCACUCUCAACGUGGCCCUGGGCAAGGCCUUCACAGGGGGCGCCCUGUACUUCGGGGGGUUCUUCCAGGCACCUGCAGUGCUGACGGAGACCCUGGAGGUGGAGCACGUGGUGGGCCAAGGCAUCCUGCACCGGGGUGGCCAGCUGCAUGGGGCCAGGCCCCUGGGCUCCGGUGAGCGCUGGAACCUUGUGGUCUGGCUGCGGGCCUCCACCGUGCGCAACCGCCUCUGCCCCAUGUGCUGCCGCCCUCCCUGCCUGGUGGACGAUGAGGGCUUUGGCGACGGCUUUACCCGCGAGGAGCCCCCCACCGUGGACGUCUGCACCCUGACCUGAGCCUGGUUUUCCAGGGAGAGGCAGAAAUAAACUCCCUGCGGCCCAAGGCAGCUCUUGGUUUCACAAGA